UUGGCUGUUCAGCACUGAUUCACAGAGAGCGCCGGCAGAAAGCUAAGAUCCUCCCAGACUGCAAGCGAUUUGGAUUUCUCUUGCGGCACAUUUCACUUUGCGCUAUCCUGACCAAAGAAAAUGAUCAGGGAAUGUCUCCUGCUGUGGGUGGCCCUGAUGUGUUGUGGCGGCUCUACUGAGGGCGUCCUCCAGUCCACACUGGUGUUGGAUAUGGCAAAGCUUCUGCUGGAUAACUAUUGCUUUCCCGAAAACCUGGCGGGGAUGCAAGAAGCCAUCGAACAAGCCAUCAAGGGUGGAGAGAUCUUGGACAUCUCCGAUCCCAAACUUUUGGCGACUGUUCUGACAGCUGGGGUGCAAGGAGCCCUUAACGACCCGCGGCUGGUGAUUUCUUAUGAGCCCUCAGCUCCCGUUGCCCCCAAGCAAGGAGCAGAGCCUUCUCUGACUCUGACCUCAGAGCAGCUCUUAAAUCUCAUCCAACACACAGUGAAGUCCGAGGUGCUGGAGGGCGACGUAGGCUACCUAAGGAUCGACUACAUCAUCGGUCAGGAUGCUGUGGAGCAGAUUGGAGCUUUCCUGGUAGAGAAGGUGUGGAAAACCUUGAUGGAGACGUCGGCUCUGGUCCUCGACCUGCGUUACAGCACCGGAGGGCAGGUUUCCGGCAUCCCGUUCAUUAUCUCUUACUUGUACAACGAGGACAGUGUGCUGCAUGUGGACACCGUAUACAACCGGCCAUCCAAUACGACCGUGGAAAUCUGGACUUUGCCGAAGGUGCUGGGUGCGAGAUAUAGCAAGGAGAAGGACGUCGUUUUGUUGAUAAGCCAGCACACCACAGGGGUGGCCGAAGAUGUGGCCUAUAUCCUCAAACAAAUGCACAGGGCUAUCAUAGUGGGGGAGAAGUCAGCCGGAGGCUCCUUGGGCACCCAAAAGUUGCAGAUUGGGGCUUCCCAGUUCUACAUGACAAUUCCUCUAUCCUGCUCCGUCAGCCCCUUGAGCGGAAACGGGCAAAGCUGGGAAAUCGGUGGCGUGGAGCCAUGCGUUGCUGCCUCAGCAGAGCAAGCUUUGGAGAAAGCCUUGGGCAUGAUUUCGCUACGCAAAGCUAUCCCUGGCAGUAUCAACCUCUUGAUGGGUAUCCUGAAGGACAACUAUUCCGUGGUAGACCGAGUCCCCACCCUGCUGGCGCACCUCUCCGCUUUUGACCACUCUUCCGUCCUAUCGGCAAAUGAGCUGGCCUCCAAACUCAACGCCGAACUGCACACUGCGUCGGAAGACCCCCGCCUAUUCUUGCGGGCUGCCGCCCCGGGCGAAUUUGCAGCUGUGCCAGCCGAGGAGCAGGUUGCCAUGGCUUCCGACCUACCUAACGACGAGCAACUCAUGCACGCCCUGGUAGAUACUGUGUUCAAGGUGUCGGUGCUGCCCGGCAAUGUGGGCUACAUGCGCUUCGAUGAGUUUGCCGAUGCUACGGUGCUGGUCAAGCUAGGGCCCUACCUCGUACGUCAAGUCUGGGAGCCCCUGGAAGCCACAGACAAUUUGAUCAUGGACCUACGGUACAACAUCGGAGGCCCCUCCUCAACCGCUGUGCCGGUGUUGCUUUCCUACUUCCAAGACCCCUCUGCUGGUGCUGUGCAUUUCUUCACCACCUACGACAGGCGCACAAACCAGUCCCAGGACCACAACAGCAGGGCUGAAAUGCUAGGCAAGCCCUACGGAGCUCGGCGGGGCGUCUACCUGCUCACAAGCCACCACACAGCCACAGCCGCCGAGGAGUUUGCUUACCUCAUGCAGUCUCUUGGCCGCGCCACCCUGGUUGGCGAGAUUACAGCAGGUGUCUUGACCCACGCGCACACCUUCUGCGUUCUGCAGCUCGGCGAAGGAGCAGAUUGCGGCCUUCUGAUCAACGUGCCGGUCGUCUCUUUUAUCGACAACCACGGGGAGUGCUGGCUGGGUGGUGGGGUGGUGCCUGAUGCCAUCGUGUUGGCUGACGAGGCUCUUAAAAAGGCACAGGAAAUACUGGCGUUCCACAACGGCAUGGGAGUAGUUGUUGAGGAAGUGAGGCAGUUGCUCGAGGCCCACUAUGCCAUUCCGGAAAUGGCCACGAGGAUCAGUGGCGCCCUCCGUUCCAAGCUGGCCAAAGGCGGGUAUCGCUCAGUUGUGGACUUUGAGACCCUCGCUUCUCAGCUGACCAGCGACCUUCAAGAGACCUCUGGGGAUCACCAGCUGCACAUCCUCCACAGCCACGUGCAGCCUCCUCCAGAGGAGCACUCUCCCAAAAAGGCACCCACUGCCGAGGAACUGGCUUUCCUCAUCGAGGCUCUUUUCAAGGUGGACGUGUUGCCAGGCAACGUGGGGUACCUGCGCUUUGACAUGAUGGCUGAGGCGGAGACGGUGAAGGCUAUUGGGCCACAGGUGCUGCACAUGGUUUGGGACAAGUUGGUGGAAACGGAAGCUCUUGUCGUCGACAUGCGCUACAACACAGGCAGUUACUCCAACGCAGUGCCCAUUUUUUGCUCCUACUUCUUUGACGCCGCUCCUCAGCGACACCUGUACACGAUUUUCGACCGCAGCACCUCUCAAAGUACCGAGGUGUGGACUUUGCCCGAGGUGACUGGCAAACGUUACGGCUCGGCUAAGGAUGUCUAUAUCCUAAUUAGCCACACGAGUGGCUCGGCCGCCGAAGCCCUCACUCGUUCUUUGAAGGACCUGCAUCGUGCCACAGUAAUCGGGGAGCCCACGGUUGGGGGCUCGCUCUCGGCGGGUAUUUACCACAUAGGCAGCAGCCCAUUGUACGCAUUGAUCCCCAGCCAAGUGGUGCUCAGUCCAGUCACUGGCAAAGUGUGGAGCCUGUCUGGAGUAGAGCCCCACGUCACCGCGCAGGCUCCAGAGGCCUUGGCUUCCGCCCAGAAGAUCAUCGCCUUGCGCGCCAGCUUGCCCAGUGUGCUGCAGGCCGUGGGCAAACUGGUGGCCGACAACUAUGCCUUUGUCGAUAUCGGGGCUACAGUGGCAGCCAAGCUUGCUGAGCAAGCCACCUACAGAAACGUCAACUGUGAGGUGGAACUCGCCGAGAAAAUGAACGCAAACCUCAAAGCUCUCUCUGGAGAUAGGCACCUCAAGGUCACCCACAUCCCUGAGCGUUCAAAGGACCACAUCCCAGGUAUCAUGCCCAUGCAGAUCCCUUCUCCCGAAAUGUUUGAAGACCUCGUUAAGUUCUCCUACCACACCAACGUGCUUGAGAACAACGUGGGCUACUUGAGGUUCGACAUGUUUGCCGACUGUGAUCUUUUGUCUCAACUCUCUGAGAUGCUCCUGAAACACGUUUGGGAGAAGAUUGCCCACACGGAUGCGCUAAUCAUAGACAUGAGAUACAAUAUAGGAGGCUCCACAUCUUCCGUAGCAGCUCUGUGCUCGUAUUUCUUUGAUGAAGGACACCCAGUUCUUCUGGACAAAGUCUACAACAGACCCAAUGAUACCACCAGAGACAUGUGGACCCUUUCGCAGCUUACAGGGAUGAGAUACGGUUCCAAUAAAGGUCUAAUCAUCCUCACCAGCUCUGUCACCGCCGGUGCUGCCGAGGAAUUUGUGUUCAUCAUGAAGAGACUGGGCAGAGCCUUCAUCGUUGGGCAAAGGACCAGCGGGGGUUGCCUCCCGCCUCAGACAUACCAUGUGGAUGGCACCAGCCUCUACGUCACCAUUCCAACUUCCAGGUCCAUCAUUUCCAUGGAUGACACCUGGGAGGGUGUGGGCGUUAGUCCUCACAUGGAAGUUCCCCCUGAGGUGGCACUCAUCAAGGCUAAGGAAAUGUUGCUGCUCCACAGGUCCAGCUAAA